AUGCUUCCGGACCUGGAAGCGGACUGCAGCUCUGACGUCAGCACUUCAUCCGCGGAGCACGCAACCGAACGGACGCUUCAGCCGGCGCUACAGCCGCAACGGCAGCAGCAGCAGCAGCAGAGGCCGGCGUCCCUGUCGGAUUUGAGCGAGGACCUUUUAUUGAAGGUGCUUCAAUCGGGGCAUCCGACGGCAUGGGAUUUGUGCCGGUUCUCGUGCGUGAGCCGGCAGUGGAAGCAGCUGUGCUACAGCCGCGUGUUUUGGACCAAGCUCCGCAUCGGCCCGGGCAGCAUGCAUCCAGGCGUGGAGCUGCUCGCGGCGCGCUGCGCCAACCUGACGGACCUCUACGUGGACGACCCGCGGUGCGAGCUACACAUCCUGCACCCAAUCAUCGUCGCAUGCAGCGACUCGCUGCGACGCAUCGUCAUCGACUGCGACCGCGACGCGACGAGUCGCAACGAGGCGGCCAUCUGCAGCAUCCUCUGGAUCAUCUCGCUCUACUGCAAGAACGUCGAGUCGGUCGAGCUCACAUCGCACGGCGUAGAGACGUCCUUCGGUCUGCUCGAGGCGCGUUCCAUGUGGUACCUCACGUCGGGCUUCCGCUCCAUGCGACAGUUUUCGUGCCUCGUGCGAAAUAGUGUUACUCGCCAGGCCGUGUACCUGAUGGUGAUUGGCUGGCGAAACCUGUCGUGUCUGCGCAUCCACAUGGGGGCGCUAGAGGUCGAAGACCUAUUGGCUCUGCGCAAGUGCACGUCUUUAAGGGUUUUGGAAUUAGUAGGAGGCUCUAUCCACACCCUACCCGCCGCUCUCGGCGCUCUUCCCUCGUCAGCCGCCGCGCCCGCAUCCACUUUCCCCUGGCUCGGCACGAGCCGACUCGCCGUAGGCUCGGGAACAGGUUCGGGGACAGGCUCGGGGACGGGUUCGGCAGCGCCGGACGCGUUUCACCCGGAGCUGGAGGUGCUGAUUCUGACGGACGUGGACUUUGAUGCGGCGGUAGUGGCGACUAUCGCGCUCCGGUGUCCCAACUUAAGGCGCAUCGUGAUUAAGGGCCUGUGCUGCGCCAUGUGCGCUGCUGCUGGGUCCGCAGCUGCUGCAGCAGGAAGGGCCAAGGUGCUGGCCCUCAGGCAGAUGCUGGCCAUGGCAGGGCGGCUAGACAUGGUCACGAAAUGA